UCACUUCCGGUCCAAACUUAAAAGGUCAUUGAAAAUAAACUCUGCAUUUCUCAGCAAAUUUAACCUGAACGAAAAUGCCGGCUGCUCCAAGACCCAAACCAGCAUACGAUGAACCCCAAGGAAUUAAUGCUGUUCUUUUGGGUCCACCAGGCUCAGGAAAAGGCACACAGGCACCAAAAUUAGCUGAAGAAUAUUCAGUCUGCCAUUUGUCAACAGGUGACAUGUUACGAGCUGUUAUCAGCUCUGGCAGUGAAUUGGGCAAGCGUAUUAAGGGAGUGAUCGAUGCUGGACAGUUGGUUAAUGAUGAGCUAGUCUUGGAGCUGGUGAAUGAUCAUUUGGACAGGCCGGCAUGUAAGAAUGGCUUUCUUUUGGAUGGAUUUCCAAGGACCAUUGUACAGGCUGAGAAGCUUGAUGUUUUGUUGGAGAAAAGAAAGACUCCGUUGGAAGCUGUCAUCGAGUUUGCCAUUGACGACAGUCUCUUGGUAAGAAGGAUAACUGGGAGGUUGUUUCACAUCAAGAGUGGUCGCAGUUACCAUGAAGAGUUCAAUCCACCCAAAGUACAGAUGAAGGAUGACAUCACCGGUGAGCCGCUUGUACGCCGCUCUGACGACAACGCCGAAGCCUUGCAGAAGCGCCUUGAUGCUUACCACAAGCAGACCAAGCCCCUGGUGGAUUACUACUCAAAGAGAGGGCUUCACGCUUCAGUGGAUGCCUCCAAGUCGCCUGAUGUUGUCUUUGCUGCCAUUAAGUGUAUAUUCUCUGCAGCCACUUCCAAGGACAAGGUCAUGUACAUGAGGCGAUGAGGUCUGGAUGCCUAGUGAUGUUUUGAGAUUACCUUCUAUAUUUGCUUUAUCUUUGGUUGUAAUAUAGAUAGAAUCUUUCAAUUGGUUGGCAGCUAGAUGUGUCAAUAGCUGAGAGGAAUUUAUUUAAAAAAAAAAAGAUCUUUCUUCCUUAUUUUAGUGAAAUCUCUGCUCAAUUGUUAUUUUAUUUUGUUUUUCGUCUCUUAAAAGAUUUUUUCUUGUCAAACCUUUUUUUGUGACCAGCAGGAAGUACUUCGUUUUGAAAGGUUUGAUUUCAAUGUGGAAAUUCUUUUAUUGACCCUAUCUAUAAUGUAUGCAUUAUUAUUAAAAAUGCUUGUGUGCAUUGUACUAUAAGUUUUUACCAGUCAUUUAUAUACUAUCCCAUUUUUUUUUCCCCUCUAAAGUGUGCUUUUAGUGGAUAUUAAGUUUGUCAUGCCCAUGGGUCACUUAGUUAUUGCUGAAAAUUAGUUAGUCAGUGGCAGACUUGAGUUUCAUGACACCAGUGACUUUAUUGUACAGACAUUUAUUUGGAUUGUUGGUUAACUGCUUAGCUUUCCUGAACUUUUGACAAGUUAAUUAUUAUAUUAACAUAUUUUGACUGUAAUUUGUUAGUAAAUAAAGAAAAAAAGGACAUUUUUUUAAAGUUAAUUUUGAGUGUGUAAGUUUUCCUGUAUGUACAACUGUGGUACUGAUACAUUCACACCGUUGAGUGACUCAGCAGUGCUUUAUUAUGCUAUGUAUUCCAUUUCCCACCGCCCCUCCCUUUCAAUUGUUGUUAAUUAAAAUCUCUGUUUCAUCGUUGGGUAACAAACAUUUACCAUUCCUUCGCUACUUUUGCUAAUGUUUAACUCCGCAUGUUGACUUGGUCAUGGGGACAUAUAUAAAGGCCGGUGGUGGUGGACCUGAUGGUCAGUGUAUUGAUCAAACUUGUAAUGUUUCUGAUGUAGACUUCUGUAGUGUUGUGACCUUUAGCUGAAACAUAAUCAUCUCAUAGUACAGGACUGCAGGGAUUUGAACCAGAGACUAAAACAUUCAACUUACAUAUUUUGCCGUUAUGUGUUUUUUUUAAGGUUAGAACAUUUUUAUUGUCAACUUCUUGUACACAUCUUUAUUAUUUAAUUGUUGUUUUUUUUUUUGGAAUUUCAAAAUAUAUUUAGUGUAAAUAUGAAUCAACUUGUUUUGAACAAUAAAGUGAUGCAGUUUUAAAUAUAAA